AUGGUUAAUAUUUAUUUAUUUAUAACAGAUAAUUUUCGUUUGGAUCGAGACGCACAACUAGAAGGUCGUAUAGAUCAUCCAACUUAUGAAGAUAUAACAUUUUCUCCUACUGUGACCGUUGUUGAUGAUGAUGAUGAUGAUGAUAAUGAUGAUGUGCUCUUAGGAAUACCAGAUACUCAACUACACGAUCCAAGAGUUCUAACAAAUUUAAAUAAUAAUCGACCUACAUAUUUCGUCAUAGAUCAUGAAAAUGGAAAUGUUAAUGAAAAUGGAACAUUAUAUGUUCAUGAGAAUGAAGAUGUCAUUCCUCAAAAUCAAAAUAUAGGUGAAAAUGUACUACACCUAAACAGAGAUGAUAUAUCUGAAAUUGCUCUUGAUGACACAUAUUAUAAUAUAAAUUCUUUGAAUUCGAUUCAGCCACAAGAUGAUAUACACUUGAAUGAUAGUAGUGAAGACGAAGAUGCAAUUAUUGAUUCAGAAAGUGAUGAUGAAUAUGAUUCAUCUGAUGAAAAUGAACAAAGAGAUGAAAUACUAGAAAGUAAUCAAAAUGUUAAUGGUGAUGUUCAUACUAAUGAUGAUAUUAAUCAAACAAAUAGUGCUGAUGAAGAACGUACGAGAACAGAUACUAUUGUAUCACUUAAUGAAGUAGUGGAAGCUCGAAAUAGUUCUUCAGUGGAAGAUACUAAUGGUGCAAUAGAAGGUGCUAUCUCUCAAGUACCUGUAUUAAAUGAACAACGAAUAGCUCCUGUUGAUUCCAGUAGUGAGUCAAAUGACACAAGUAUCAAUUAA